GUCUUUGGUUCAGUAUGCAAUUUCGCGUCGAUCGGUGCGGUUCCAGCUGUGUGCGGCGGUCACAUUGCUCCUGGGUGUUUGAUGAAUGAAUGCACUAAUUAGUGUGUGGUGUUAGAAUUUUUAUACAUUACAAAACAGUGUCAGUGAGAGGAUGUGAUUGAUUUGUGGUUAAAAAAAGGAUAAAAUAUAUAUGAAGUAAUAUAACAAUACAAAAAAGUGUCUGUGAAUCAAGAAUCAAGUGCUAUGCUAAAGUUAUUGUGUUAAUGAUUAAUAAUGCGAGAAAACAGUUAAUGCAUAACGUAUUAGAAAAUAAGUUGUGAAAUUUCAUUGUGAAUUGAGUUGAAAAAAAAAAUCUACAGCAAGUGAAGUGCAUCAAAAACAAUGGAUACCUCAGGAUUAUCCCCAUUAGCCGAUCUGGACUCUAGCUCCGGUGGCUCGGAUGGCGUCGGCGGAUUUAACCACGGGCAAAACCUUUACAUGUCCCAAGGAGCAUACCGCGACAACCAAAACCCGAUCAAGACGCUCUUUUUCUCGGAAAAGCUGCAAGAGUUCACCGACAAGGAACAGUAUCAUCAGGACCGAAAAUUUCACGAGCACAACUACAACAACCAUAUGAAAGUCGGACCCCAGGCACAGGUGCAGCACGCGGGCGACAUUAUUUACUACGCAAGUAAACCCAUCAGUGAAGGAUCGCCGGGUAGUGUGCUGGUGAACGGGAGCAGCACCAAUGGCAGCACCGGAAGCACUGGCAGCACUGGUCUCCUGUCCGUCCCGAACGCUUCCAUGGGCGGUGUUGUCGUCUCGAACGGUCUUCCGUCGUGUGGGGCGUUGGCACGGUCAGACAACAACAACAGCUCCUACCUGCAAUCGUUGCAACCUCCACCACAACCCCCACAACCCUCCUCGGCAACGGCGGGACAUCCGCUUGCCAACGGUACCGGUGAGCUGGAGCGCAAGUGCUUCAGCUUUAGCCCCGAUCAGAUCCAGUGCAUGUGUGAGGCCCUGCAGCAGGAGGGGGAUCUGGAGAAGUUGGCCACCUUUCUGUGGAGCUUGUCGCCGACCGAUCUGAUCAGCGGCAACGAGAGCCUGCUGCGGGCUCGUGCCCUCGUCGCCUACCAUCGCGGGCUCUACCACGAGCUGUACGCCGUGCUGGAGUCGCACUUCUUCUCACCGAAGUACCAUGGCGAUCUACAAGCGCUCUGGUUUAAGGCGCACUAUCGCGAGGCGGAAAAGGUCCGGGGCCGUCCGCUCGGUGCGGUCGACAAGUACCGGUUGCGCAAGAAGUACCCGCUGCCGAAAACGAUCUGGGACGGCGAGGAGACGGUGUACUGCUUCAAGGAGAAGAGCCGCAACGAGCUGAAGGAUUGCUACACCCGCAACCGGUACCCGACGCCGGACGAGAAGAAAACGCUGGCCAAGAAGACGGGCCUCACGCUGACGCAAGUGUCCAACUGGUUCAAGAACCGUCGCCAGCGGGACCGAACGCCCCAGAGCAGUCGACCCGAUCUGAUGAUGUCGGUGCUGCCGGUCACACCGGACCAGAUGGACGGUAGCUACCAGCGGCUGUUUAAUGUGGCCAAUUACGGACCUGCGCACGGUUAUCACGCAAAUGAUAUGUACGCGGUGCAGUAGGCAACGGAGACGGUACCAAACCAGCGGGCUCCCGGCACCAGCGUACGGCAGCACUUUUCCGGAAGGCGUUCGCGUGCGCCCAUACGAACGGCCGUGCUGUGAUCCUUGCGGGCAGCGAUUUCGACGCCGGGUGAUCACACAUUGUGAUAGGUUGAAUUUUAUUCGGCUAGCGUUGUGUUUUGCGUUUGAGGCUUGUUCCCCCCAUCUUGGUCUCUCACUUCCGAAGGAACUAUCUGUAAAUAGCAGGGAAACGAACUUUAAACGACGUGAGGCGUAUUGUUUUUUUUAAUUUAAUGAGAGAACAGUUUCGUCCUCAGCUUUCUAAAAAGAAAUACAUUUGUAAAUAAUUUAAAUCAUUGUUCAUAUGACGGAGCGACAAACAAAAUGCCAGUGAAAUGUAAAUCAUGUAGUAAGGAAGGAUAAUUGAAUAAAACAAGCGAAUUGUACAGAUGUGAAUUGACAUUCGUAUCGAAUAAACAAGAGAAGAACGAUAUAAA